CGCACCCUCAUUCGAUGCGAGAGAAGACGAGCCACCGAGGGUAGCAGUAGCCGCAAGUGAGCUAAAGCAGAGAGAAGAUCGCCAUGUCGAAGGAGGUGAACGUGGAGGGGGAGCAACCGCCGGUGAAGGACUACACGGACCCUCCGCCGGAGCCGCUGUUAAACUUCGGGGAGCUACGGCUUUGGUCCUUCUACCGCGCUCUCAUCGCCGAGUUCGUGGCCACACUCCUCUUCCUGUACGUCACCAUCGCCACCGUCAUCGGCCACAAGGAACAGAACGCGGCCGACCAGUGCAGCGGCGUCGGCCUCCUCGGUAUCGCCUGGGCCUUCGGCGGCAUGAUCUUCAUCCUCGUCUACUGCACCGCCGGCAUCUCUGGAGGGCACAUCAACCCCGCGGUCACGCUCGGGCUGUUCUUGGCGCGGAAGGUGUCGCUGAUACGGGCGUUGCUGUACAUGGUGGCGCAGUGCUUGGGAGCCAUCGUCGGGGUGGGGAUCGUGAAGGGGAUCAUGAAGCACCAGUAUAACUCCCUCGGCGGCGGAGCCAACAUGGUCGCCGCCGGCUACUCCAAGGGUACCGCCCUCGGGGCCGAGAUCAUCGGCACCUUCGUCCUCGUCUACACCGUCUUCUCUGCCACCGACCCCAAGCGCAGCGCUCGCGACUCGCACGUCCCCGUGUUGGCACCACUCCCCAUCGGGUUCGCCGUGUUCAUGGUGCACCUCGCCACUAUCCCCAUCACCGGGACCGGCAUCAACCCUGCUCGGAGCCUUGGCGCUGCAGUCAUCUACAACCAGGACAAGCCCUGGGAUGACCAUUGGAUCUUCUGGGUGGGUCCCUUCGUCGGAGCGUUAGCCGCGGCGGCGUACCACCAGUACAUCCUGAGAGCAGCGGCCAUCAAGGCUCUGGGUUCCUUCAGGAGCAACCCCACCAACUAAAAUCAGCUUCCUGAAGCAUGCAGCAGCAGAAGCCUCGCCUUUUCUCGUCUUCUUUCGUUUGUGUGAAUGAUGAUUGCACGCGAGGGAAGUGAAGAUUACGGGGGAUAGGGUUGCUUCUGAUUUCCUUAUUUUAUCUGCCUUUGUUUCGUCUCUCUCAGCUUCUUCUUUGCCUUGUGUAAUGUAAGGGGGAUGUGUGGCACUCUGCUUACUUCAAGUUGGGGGAAACUAUGGUUGUCUUCUAGUCUAUUUCUCAACAACACCGUUGUCUGUUCUCAGUAA